AUGUUCAGUAGGAUAAAAGAAGCCGCACAAGAAGCAACGAGAAAACUUGAGCAAAAUCUUUCCAUUGAUAAUGAAGGAAAAGAAUCAGGCCAAGGCGAUUUUCAAUGUCCAGUCUGUCGAAAGCGUUUCACCGAUCCCGAGCUCUUGAUUCAACACCACUCCACUCAUGACGGUGAAAAUUUCCAACCAGCAGCUCCACCCGCCCAGACUAACUCCCGUCCCCCAGUUUCCCGCCCAGCCGCCGCCAACAACUCCAAUGCCGAAAACGACCUCAGAAAUGAAAUAAAAGAGCUAAAAGCUCAACUUCUUCAAAAGGAAAAGAUUGAUAAAACCCUUGAUAAAGUAACAAAUAGAAUAACUCUUCUCAAUCAUGAACAGAAAGACCUAGAAGCCAAAUAUUCACAGCUAGAAACUCAAACAAAGCAAUUAGAGAGAGAAAUUGCCGAGCGAGAUAUUUUAGCCGCAGAACUCACCGCCAAAAACAGUCAACUUCUUCUCGAAGUCGAUGAGAAGUCCUCCGAGAUAUCUGUUAAGACGCAAAUAGAACGCGAUCUGACAGAACAAUGCGUUUCCUUGCAGGAAUCGUUGAAAUCAUCAGAGGAACGACUGCAAUCGUCCCAGGAGACAUCCAACGAACUUCACUCAAAAGUUUCAAUGCUAGAAUCCACUGUACAAGAGCAGAAGAACUUACUUGAUCACCAGCUCCUAGAAAACCAAAAUAGCGCUUCAAAAAUCAACGAAUUACAAUUUGCCCUGUCCGAAGCACAGCAGAAGCUCGAUGAAAGCGCCAAAAACAAUCAAUUCAUUCAAGAAAAACUCGAUUCGAUAGAGAGUACUCUUUCAAAGGAUGAUUCCGAACUUAAAAAAGCGACAGCAGAAGCGGAAGAAAAAUAUCUUGAAGCGAGCAGUCGCCACGUCGACAACCUCGAAAAAGAAAAGGUGGAACUUGAAUUGAAAGCAGCAGAGCUUGAAGACUUCCGAGAAGCCCUUGAAAACUCAAAUGCAACAUUUCUCAAGCAUAUUCAAAAUCUUGAAGGACAGAAUGAAAAGUCAAUAUCAGAAAUCUCGGAGCUAAGGGAGGAAUGUGAGUCCUUCAAAAACGACUAUCAAUCAACGACGAAAAAACUUGAUGCCGCGGAACUGAAGAUGAAGGAUCUGACUGAGAACUUUUCCGGCUCGCAAAGACAAAUAAAGGAGCUGCAAAAGACUGUGACGGAGCUGAACUCGAGCUGUGCUGAUUCCGAAAAGCUCGUCGGAGAAAUGAUGAAAGAGCGCGAAAAGCUUGAAAAGCAAAUGGAGCUUUUCGAACAAGACGUUUUGAGCCUGACGGAGACUAACAAAGAGCUUCGAGAAGAAAAAGAAAGCGCGACUAAAUCCUUGGAGCAACAUAUUGAACAGAUUGCAGCUUCUCAAAAAGAAGCGGGAAUGUGGGCGGAAAGUCUUGUGUCCAAGGACGAGGAACUGUCGGAACUGAAAGGACAGCUGGACGGCUUUGUGGCUGAAAUAGCAAAGAAAGAUGAGAAAAUUGCAGCUAUCGAAAAGUCGUCGACCCAGCUUACUGAAUCUCUUAAAUCAUCGAAGCAGACGGCUCGCCAAGCAGAAACUGAGCUUGCACGAGUUCUGGCUGAAAAGGAAUCUUGGCUGAAAACAAGAGAUACUCUUCUAAGCCAGUCGGAAAAAUUAACUUCCACCGUCAAUGAUCUUAAAAAGAAAGCAUCUGUUGCGCAAGAGAUGGAGCAAAAAUUGAAAAUGGAAAAGUCGAGAGCAGAGAAAUCGCUGGAAAACUCGUUGCAAAAGGAAAAUGAAACGCAUGAAGAAUUCCUUCUUGCUAACGAGAAAUUCCAACGAACGAAAAAAGAGCUGUCUGAUGCUGAAGAGCAAAUUCAAUCUCUCGAAAAGCAACUGGAAAGUUCAUGUCAAACGCGCGAGGAUCUAUCUCAACGGCUCUCAGACACUGAGCUCAAACUCAAAAACUUCAAGCUAGAAUACAAAAAGAUGGAAGACUCACAGACUGAGAUGGCUUCGGAAAUAUACCACCUCACCGAAGACAAAAAUACAUUGAAAUUGAAAUACGAUGAAAACGUAAAAGUUCUUUCUCAAUCGAAGACCGCGUUAUCGGAACUGGGGGCCAAACAUGCCGAGCUUCAGGUCCAAUGGAACGCUGAAAAAUCGGUGAGAUGGGAAGCCGAUGAGGAAGUGUCUAAUUGUCGCGGAUGCUCGGCAGAAUUCUCGCUGCUUGUUAGAAGACAUCACUGUAGAAAAUGCGGCUCACCAGAUAUUUCUGGCGCGGUUUUAUGUUCGAACAAUCGAAAUGUUUUUACUGCAGGACUUGAUUUGGAGGAAUUCUACAAGCCUAAAGCGAGCGAUUUGCAUGAUUACUGGAUGCUAGUUCAACGAACAACGGCAAAACUUUACGGAAUGAAGAAGCCUUUAGUGGUGGAAAUCGAAGACACUGCUAUCCUUGCGGGAUGCAUGCUCGCCAUGGUUGGCGACCACAGGAUCAUACGAGAUUCUCAAGAUGUCGUAAUCGGUCUGAACGAGACUCGAUACAAUUUCUCCUGUCCCCCUUGGCUUUGUCAGCUUUUGGUGGAUAUUGUGGGACGUCGGCAAGCCGAAAAGGCGUUGAUCGAAGGACAGGUGUUCUUACCGAAAGAGGCCCUGAGCAUUGGUCUUGUGGAUGUGGUGACGAAUGACGUAAAAAGAUCAUCAACUCUCUUCUUCGAGAGGUUGGAAACUAUCCCGCUCGAUGCUAGAAUGCGCACCAAAAACGCACUGAGAGCGGAGAUGACUUCAAAAAUCAUGGAAACUGCUGCUAGCGAUGGAGACAGAUUCGUCGACCAUGUGCUUAAGCCGGCAACACAAGCUUGGCUAUUUAAUAGCACUAAUCCAAACUGA